CUUCGCGUGCCUCACUCCCACAAACACCAUUUGGGGCUUCAACGGUCUGCCAUAUUCAGGAUGACCCCGCGGAUAUGUCUUCGACCAUAAAACGAAAGCUGUGGUCCCAUUUCUGGGACCCAGCAAGCUACUUUUCGCCCUGGAGGCUUCAUGCAUGGGGUCAAAAGCCCCAAGUCUCUCGAUCGAGCUUUACACACUGUUCGAAACGAGCCUUUUCCUGGAGCAGACCAAGGUUCCAGCCUCAGUCGCCCAGAAGGAAAUCUGUGACCAAGAGUUUUGCUUCGUGCGGGUUCCUCUUCUUCGACAUAAAUCCGACAGUGACAUCAACGUCCCCGGCGAUUACAUCUUGUGCUACGACUGCAGAGAAAACUCUCCACACAACUUCAACUCUGCCUCGGAGGCCAAUCACAUAUUUGGCUCGGCAAGCAUGGCGUCGGCAACUACAUUCGGCUUGUCAAAUGAAACAAAGGGGAAAUGCGAGGAGGAAUAAGAGCUCUGCAUCCAACAGCCAGAACAGUCGAAAAUCUAUCCAAAAUGGGAACACACAGUCGAAGGUACUUCCUGUUGCAAAGAAGAGCGAGCCUGUCCAACAGCCUCCUUCUACCAGCAAUUACCUUCAUCUCCCACAUCUGCCCAAGAUGCCCCAUCGGCCGACGAAAGAGGAGCUUCUCGGAGCAGCAACUGGGUUCUGGUCUCGAUUGAAGGUCCGGUUCAAAUGGUUCUCUAUAAGGAGCGUACGCCCGUGGAAUGUCGAUGAUUGGAGCGCUUUUAUUUCUUGGUUUAUGCUGGGAAAUCUCGUCUGGAUUUUGGUUGGGACCACAACAUUCUUCUCUCUCGUCAUUCUCUCUAUUAAUACUGUUGUUGCACAAGAGACAUUGGCACGUUGGGUGGGUGACUAUUUAACACAUUCUGCAGGAGUGAAGGUUGUCUUCGAGUCUGCAAUUGUUCCCAAAUGGAAAGACGGAGUGAUCACCUUCCACAAUGUGUUCGUUUCCAGAAGACCUGGGCAAGGGAGGACGAAAGUCAGUAAAGGUUCUUCCAUAACCGCAGCAGCAGCCGCUGCGGCAGAAAGACAGGCUGAACUGGAAGGACGGAAAGAUGAAGAGGAGGAAGAUACCAAUUAUACCCAAUUUGACUUAACGGUUGGAACCGUGAAUGUCACAUUGUCAUUCGUAAAAUGGUGGAAUGGCAAGGGCCUUCUACGAGAUGUGGAGGUCAAAGGAGUAAGGGGUGUAAUCGACAGAACGUCGGUACAUUGGGGAGGCGAAUAUAUCGAUCCACGGACGUAUCUUCAUAAGCAUCAUCCAGGGGACUUCGAAAUAGACUCCUUCAAGAUGGAGGAUCUCUUGGUCACGGUCCACCAACCCAAUGGAUUUAGACCAUUUUCCGUGAGCAUAUUCUCCUGCGACUUGCCUCAAUUACGGAAACAGUGGCUAUUCUAUGACUUCCUUUCCGCAAACAAUAUGUCGGGAGCGUUCGAUGGAUCUCUCUUCACUAUCCAUCCGCGGCAGAUGCAUGGAUUUGCUGCUGCACAUCACGAGGAGUCAAAUGACGAAGCAAAUCCCUGGAAGAAGCACAGCCGACUUCGGAUUGAUGGCUUGAAAAUCGAUCAUUUGAAUCGUGGAGUUGAAGGACUAUUUGGAUGGAUUUAUGAAGGGAACGUCGAUAUCGUAGCAGAUAUCAUGUUCCCAGCCGACGAAGACGAGAGUAUUGCAAAAGUGAUGUCCGACUUCUACGACCGUAUGGAGGCUACCGUGACCUCGAAUCGCUACAUCCACAUUCUUGAGAACAACCCCCGGACUGCUGACCUCGAUACACCUGAGCAGCGAGCAGCAUAUGCCGAGAAGGUCAGUAGGGAUGAUGAUAAGCGUUUCCUUGUUAUGGACCUCCGCGUUCAUCUGAACGACGUGAGAGCAUCAGUCCCACUCUUCACUCGCGACCUCUCUUACAUCAACCAAGCUCUCAUCCGCCCUAUCGUAGCUUACAUCAACUCUCAAAAGACAUUCAUUCCCAUCAACUGCCGAAUUGUAAAACGAGCCAGUGAAUUCGAUGGCAGCUGGACGAUCUUCGACAGCGGAUUAAUGGAAGAUUUAUCGGCAGAGACCUAUGAAGCAUUCGCCAAAGAUGUGGUAGACAGUCAAGCACGGAUGCGACGGCUGAAGAAAGUAGGGUUCUGGUCGAUUUCCCUAGCUAUUCAAGCGUUGUUCAUGGGCAUGGCAGGUAACGUGGCAUAGAAAGUAAUGACUCUCCCUUCUCACUUUAUGAAAUGUAUAAAAGCUGGGACUCUGUAGAGUAUGGUAUCUGGGCUGGCGUUUGAGGCUCAGUACUGGUGGAAAUGUGCAUAGGAGUUUCGGGAGCAUGCUCAUACAUAGUGGUAAUAUCGCACAUAGAUCUGAGCCUGCAAGGCGCUCUUGCAUAGAAAUGGAAUGACUUUAUGAUCCUCUGAAACUAGC